AGGUUCGUGGGCUCUGGGAAUGAGAUUGAAGUUGCCGCCAUUUUGUUUUUUUGGGUGUGUGUAGAUUUUUUCUCACAUACACUUCACGGUAUUUUGGCAGCAGGGCUAUAAUGUAGCCACUUCAACGCACAGAUGCCCACUUGAGACAUAGAUAGCCGCUGGAUGCUCUAUGAUGUCCAGCUCUACUGCGGGUUCUAAUCCACCUCAGAAGUCGUUCGGUGUAACUUCGGCAAUCAGUCAUGCUGGGCCGAAACCUAGAGACUUGGAGCUUACUAAACGAUUGGAAGAAGCCUUGAUUCCUUAUGGUGUAUUCGAAAGCGAGGAUGAACGUCAGCAACGGAUGAUUGUUCUUGCUAAGCUGAAUGAGUUGGUAAAGGAAUGGAUUGUAGAAGUGAGCAUAAAAAAAAAAAUGCCAGAAAAUGUGGCCAAAACAGUGGGUGGAAAGAUCUUCACAUUUGGAUCCUUCAUAUUGGGAGUGCAUACCAAAGGUGCUGAUACUCUUCUUGUGGCCCCUCACCACAUUGACCGUGCCGACUUCUUUUCAUCAUUUUAUGAUCUUCUCAAGAAUCAUCCUGAUGUCAGAGAGCUAAGGGCCGUUGAGAAUGCUUUUGUCCCUGUGAUAAAGCUGAUAUUUUGUGACAUUGAGGUUGACCUGUUGUUUGCUCGGCUGGCUUCACCAGAGAUACCAGAUAACCUGGAUCUGCUGGAUGAAAACCUUCUAAAAAAUCUUGACCCCAAAUGUGUCAGGAGCUUAAAUGGUUGUAGGGUAACGGAUGAAAUCCUCCGACAAGUUCCUAACAUUGAGAGCUUCAGACUUACCUUGAAUGCUGUUAAAUUAUGGGCUAAAAAACAUGGAGUGUACUCAAAUGUGCUUGGAUUUCUGGGUGGAGUUUCUUGGGCAAUGCUGGUCGCAAGGACCUGUCAGUUAUACCCAAACGCAGCGGCAUCCACACUUUUACAGAAGUUUUUCCUGGUAUUUUCUAGAUGGGAGUGGCCAAACCCUGUGUUAUUGAAAAAUAUUCCUACACCAAGUGAAAACAAACUUGGAUUUAAGAACUGGGACCCAAGGACCAAUCCUGGAGAUCGUUAUCAUCUAAUGCCUAUCAUCACACCAGCAUAUCCACAACAAAACUCUACAUUCAACGUCUCCAUGUCUACCCGCAAGAUUAUGUGUGAUGAAUUCUUCAUUGGUUUGAAGAAUACUGAAGAUGUGAUUAGUGGAAAGGCUAACUGGGACAUUCUUUUCACUCCUCCUAAUUUCUUUCAUAAGUACAAACAUUAUAUAGUUCUCAGUGCUUCUUCAAAUACAGAAGAAGAACAUUUAGAAUGGAUCGGUUUAGUGGAAUCCAAGGUGCGUCUUCUGAUUUCAUACUUGGAGAACAAUGAAUACAUCAAACUGGCACAUGUCAAUCCCAAGUCAUAUGGCCCACUGGAUUCAGAAGGGGAAAAGCAUGUAACAAGAUGGUUCAUUGGUCUCAUGUUUGAAAAGCUAGAAAAUGUCAAUAUCAAUUUGACGUAUGAGAUUCAGAUGUUUAAAAACAAGGUUCAUGCACAGGCUGUGAAAAUUAUGAUGUUUAAAGAAGGAAUGGUCACAGAGGCUAAGCAUGUUAGAAGAAAACAGUUGAACCAGUUUCUCCCACCUGGAGUUUUCAGGUUAAAGAAGAAAAGUUUGCAACAGCCAGAAGACAAAGCAAACACAUCCAAGAUAGAUCUGAGUUUGGAUGACAGCUCCAAUCUUGAGAUCUGCACAGAUAGUAUUCCUGACAGCAAGCAAGAUACUGAAAAGCCUACUACUGCUGAGUCCGGUGUCAAUGGAAAUAAGACAACAACCCAAACUGACGGUACCACACCCAACCCAGUCGCCACACAGGGCGAGGUAACGUCCUCUACCCCCACUGAUUGUACCGUGCCCGCUGACAUCUCUUUUGAGAAAAUAUCAGAGAACAGUGAUUCGAAUAAUAACUGCCAAUCUCCACCUCUCAAAUAUUCAUUAUAUGGCAACGAAUAUAUGCGCGCUGUGAUUGGCUAAUUGGUUCACAAUGCCUCCGUCGAUACGCCAAAGCCUCAGUUUGAUAUUUCCCGGCAUGACUCCACUCUCGGAAGACGAGAAGGAACUGCUUGAAGCACCCGGGACCGCCCUCACCAAUUCCAGCUCCCAAUUACGAAGAACGCCAUCAAGUUAAAGCUGAAAUGAGAAUAUCAUUAAGCCAAGCGGAUUUCUAAAGAGAAAAACAACUACCCUGUUUACAUCUGCAAAAUGUUUAACGCAGGGGCAUGCCAAAAUGUUCAACGCUUUCACUUUAACCAGAGAGUCUCACAGACUGUUUUGACAUAUUGUGUAGGCUGACUUGCCAUGUGACAAAGUGUGGUUCGGGUGGGAUUUGGAGGGUGACAUUAUACUGUUUUAUAUAUAAAAAAGUGUAAAAUAAAAGUCAUGAUUUUG